AUGGCCGAGUCUCGCUUCCUCCAGCCCCUGGACCUGCCCGAGCUUGAUACCGGCUCCGGCUCCGGCUGUUGCAUUUUUGCUGCUCUCCACUCCGGUUCCGAGAUCAGCCCGGAAAAUAACAUGGCCCACAAAGGCGUUGAGACAGCAGCAAUGACGACAAGGUCAACAACAACAACCACGCACCGACCAGCCAGCCACACGAGCCUCGAAAUGAGCGCCAUCACACGACUAUUCUCCCUCUUCCCAUCCAACUCAGUGGCAGCAACAGCACGCAAGCUGCCGGCGCCGCUCAUGGUCGUCACGACGCUACUCCUCGCGCUCUCCACACUCCCUACCGCCGCCGCAACGCCAACAAACGCAACAACAGACCUAACCCAAGACGCCGCCCUCGCCGGCCGCGACGGCAUCGUGUCGCCCGGCAGCAGCUGCGGCGGCUGCGAGGGCCAGUGGAGCUGCAUGACAUCGUCGUGGCAGCGCUGCGCAGCCAGCCGCUAG